AUGAAGUCCAUCUCGUACAUUAUUGACCCGGAUGGCGAUGUCGAGCUUGUUCUCGAAAACCCAAACUCUCAGCCACUUGUCCCCCGUAUUCUCCCCUACGAAGGCGGUCAGGAUCACGAGAAUGACGAGAAUUACGAGGAUGGCGAAGAUGCCGAAGGUGACAAGAACUUGGUCUCCUAUAGCUUCCCCUUCGAAGUCUACCAGGAAGACGAGGAUGAUGAUGAUGGCGAGGUUGGGGAGGGUGAAGAGAAUGACAAGAAUGAAGAGGAUGAUGAGGAUUCCAUGAACGAACCAACAGUCGCCCGUCCCACGCUGAGUGAAAGAUAUUUCGUAUUCGAUAAUCUUCUUUCUCCUGUUGAAGCUAAAGGAGACCUCUAUCCUGAGAUUGAAAGAGUCUCUAUCGAGACAAAGGUCGCUCUCGAGGCCAAGGCCCCCCUAAGGCUGAAGUCCGGAUGA